ACCCCGAGGGCUAUCCCAUCCGCUAGACCGGCAAUCAGGCCUAUGACACCAGCUAUGUUGUUAGAGCGUCUGACCGCGUCCGAUUUAGAUGCUAACAUCCAAAUACCCUGUUCUCAUUUCAUGAUUACCGAAGAAGAGUUGAAUAACGUUGUACCUAUAUCGGAUAGCUUCAUAAACGCUAUGGCAGAUUAUAUGGCCAGGAUCCAGGUGCCAUUGACAACUUCCGUGGGUACGAGCGCGAGUACGUCUCGCGAAAUAGAAACUCAAACGACCCCUACAGAGGAGAGUCCCACAGGCAGUUAUAGCAACUUACAGGACUGCUACCAAGAAAUUAAACAAGAGAACGAUGACGAAGACUUCCUAUCAGCGAACUCUGAUAAUGUUGCUUCCAACAUUAAUGAGAUUGACAUAAACGUUGGUACCCAAAGACGUGAUACGGCCCAAGAAGCGAAUAUUGUUAGCUCAACAGUUUCUGAAGCGGUUCCUCCAGAACCAACCCCUCCAGUACAAGAACGGGCAGGUCCUAGCCACUCCGGACGCCACCGCCACCGCCGGUCCCGGAUUCGACCAAUGGAAACAACACAAAGUACUUCAGAACCCGAAAGGAACAGACCGGAGAAAGUCCCGCCGGUACUGAUUAUUCAGCAUUGGGACGAGGAGUGGGUGCCAGUUCUCUCGAGCGACCAAUCCGUCCUGCACAGCGAUCAGCCGCCAUUUAGCAAUGCUUACCUUAGCGGAAUGCCGUCGCGCAAACGAAGAUGCAUCAGACGUUCGCGUCCACCGACAGAUCUCGAUGGCUUCAUUAGUGCAACCUUCAACGAGGUAUCUGGCCGAGUCAGUGAGGGAGACGCCCCAAUCAUCCGCGCCGCAUUCAGGCACCAGAUCCGGCAACUUGCGCGCGCGCAUUCUGCUAUCUUUGAUGCGUCCCCCCCUGAUCUCUACGCAAACACGGCUAGAUUUUUACAUUCAAGCCCGGAGAGAACGAAGGCGCAGCGAGCAAGAUGCUAAUCGGUACAGCGAAUGCGAAACGGACGAAUGAUCGCUCAAAAGAAUGGCACCCACACGAUAGAUAUUAACACGGAUACCAUCGAUUUUAGUACGGAAACCUUAUAACCUGAUUAGGAACAUAGAAAACGCGCUCUUUGAACUAAAAUAAACUAACUAAAGUAGAAAAAGUGUUGCCAAUUUUUAAGUUUUUAAUUUCAGGUUUUAAAAUACAGAACAGUAUGUACUUCUGAGUUGAAAUUUAUCCCAGCAUUGAACUUGAGAAUAAGUCUUAAAUACUGUUUUUUUUUUUUAAUUAUCAGUUCUUUUAAAGUUUUAAUGCAUUGAUCGAUGUGCAACAUCGAAGAGAAUUGUUGCCCCCUUUCUAUAAUCCUGGUCAGGUUAUAAUUACUUUGUUUUGUGAGUUUUUUUUUCUUUUAGUUUCGAUAUAUUUUAGUAAUCUUGCCGUACGUGAGGAAUGAAAGAAAAAUGCGACUAAGUUGCAGUUUUCUUUGCUCAACUAAUAUGAAGAAAAGGUUUCGAUGCAAACUUCCGUAGAUGUGCAACAUAUUUAUAGCUUUGUAGAGAUCUUAAUCGUGAUUUUUGAAGUUUGCAUCGAACUUUUAAAGAGCUUUUACUCCACACUGUUUCCAUAGUAAACUAAACGACUAAUGUUUAAUAUGUUUUUUUCUUAAACUUACGCAUGUAGAUAUAAUUAAUUUUAAUGG